AUGUCUCACAUCGACUCUGGCUCUUCUCCGGACGCGACCGGCUCUGGUCAAGGCACCUCGCCGCCUGCGCCGACUCCAGAAAACAAGUCAGCAGUGCAUCGUAAGCCUGCCAAACGAGAACGUGUCGCUCUGGCUUGCCAAAGAUGUAAAACAAGAAAGCAAAAGUGCGAUGGUCAACGGCCAGCCUGCGGGUCAUGUGCUCGCCUAUCAUUGAAAUGCGUUUAUAUCGUCCCUCUCGUACCCGCAGCUGGGGAAAAGAAAAUUUAUAUCAAAGCGCUCGAGCAUCGCAUUGCCGAGCUAGAAGCAUACCUCUCUGCACUAGGCCAUCCUAAUAUCGGUACUAGCCAGCUAGGUCGUUUAGGGCAAUCAACAUCUUCGCAGAAUGUAGCGAUGCUACCGGUUGGCCAUUCGGGUCAGGGGCAGGUACCUACGUUAAUACCCGAACAGACCCAACGGAAUGACGAAGAGGAAACCAAUGAUGUUUUACUCGCUGUUAGGGACCUAUCGCUUUCAGCUUCCGGUCACUAUGUCGGAGCCUCUUCGAAUAUUUCCAUAGGACGGGUACUGAGUUCCUUCGUAACCAGCCAGAAGGCAUCAAUGCCGGGUAUCCAUGAAGAUCAGUCCGCUCAGGGAGAGGAUGAUCCGGCACCAAAAUCCAUCUACACGUCAAAUGCCGGUGACAUGAUUGGAGUUCCAUUUCUGAGUCCCCAGGUUGCCGGGAGGCUUUUACAUGGCUACUUUCGGCACAUCUGCACAAGGUACCCCAUGUUGCACUCAACUGAAGUGGUGAGGCUUCACAAUAACCGGGACCACCUCACAGACGAAUACGAGCAGACUAUAUUACAUUUGGUAUACGCAGUGAGUGGUAGGUGGCUGGAAUCUGCAGGCGAAAUGGGGCAUUUCUUUAGUGACCAGCAUUACGAAUUUGCUUUUGAAGAGAUGGAAUCUAUGCUCCGUCUGCGGGACGGUCGAACGGUGAAUUACUUACUACUUAUGGCCUUGUAUUGCACAAGAGCCCCUAAGGACCCCGGGGCCUGGACCUACGUGGGAGCUGCUAUGAGAUUAUGUAUAGAAUUAGGGUUACAUCGUCGACCCCGGAGACAACAACCCGGCGUCGAAGGCGAGAUGGAUAAGCGACGAUUUUGGACGGCAUAUUUCCUCGACCGCGAUAUUUCCAUCGCCGUGGGGCGUCCCCCUAGCAUAUCAGAUCACGAUAUCGAUGCAGAGCUGCCUCUUGAUAUCAACGAGGAUACACUAGACAGCGAGGUCAUUCGCCAAGCCGCAAUGCGUGCCAACGAUAUCCCGGUCUGUCCUUCUAGCACGUUAACAUCUUUCAUCCACCGGACCCGGCUCAAGCGAAUAGAGUCGGAGAUCCAACAUAACGUUUACAGAGUCGAUCGACCAAACGACGUCUCGGAUGCCACUAUAGGCGAAUUCCUCAACAGACUCAAUGCCUGGAGGGACGCCAUACCUUUUGAGACGACCCACUACGUUCACAAACAGGAGAACCCCUUCGAGGGCGCGGAGUUGUACACACUUCAUUAUUACCGAUGUGUUCGCUUCUUAUUAUACCCGCAGCUAGCUAAGAUCCCGGUAAACAUGCACUAUUUAAAACUUACCGCCGAUGCCUGCAUAGGCAUCAUCACAGAUUAUCGAAAGUUGCACCAAACUUUCCCGAUUGGGUUCUCAGCGUUGUCUAUACAAUCCGUCUUUUUGGCAGGCCUCACUCUGAUAUACUGCGCAUGGCUAGCUCCUAUGAAUUUCAUCAACGUCGAGGUUCCGCUGACAGAUUGUCAAAUUCUUCUGUAUAUCGUUACGGAACGUUACCCGUCGGCCAGGAAGUAUCGUGACGUGUUCGAGCGUAUUAAAUCGUCCAUAAUGGGAAUUAUCGCACAGGGAAAGCAUGAGCCUCGAAACCCAGUGCAGAUAGAUCCGAAUGUCCAAAAGGGAUUUGCGAGCUUCGAAGGACAGUGGGCUCCAGGCAUGGGCGCCGACUUCUCUUAUAUGGUCAACGCGAUGACAGGGAAUAUGACUGUACCUCAAUUCGACAUGACCAUGGAUCCAUCAACGACAGGGUUGGUUGGCGGACACCCCGACCAAUCUACAUCGAACCUUGACCAAUAUCAAGCGGUUUGGUCCGGGAUGCAGCAUCCGAUGCCUCAUGAAUUAGGUGAUGUGAAUAAUCUUGGUGUAAUGUACCAAUGA